AUGGCAACUUUAAUCUCCACGGCUAGUUCGUGUCAUGUUUUACAAUUACCUUCUAAUGAAAAAGACGAUAAAUUAAAUUUGAAUGUUAGGACAGGUUCAGCAGCAACUUUAUAUAAUUCUUUUAUUUUUACAUUUGGUGGGUUAACUAUUGGUUUAGAAUUGAAUGAAUUUUCAAUUCUGGAAAUCUUCAAUAAAUUUGGAAAUUUAAACUCUACAAGACCUUUGAAUCAAUUUUUAUCAGGUGAAUUGUUUUAUUUAAACAUAAUUGAAAAAUCCUGGAUUAGAUUCGUACAUGAAUCAACUGAAUUGCGACCACAACCAAGAUUGUUACAUCAAAUUUGUGCAAUAAACAACUGUAUUUAUUUAUUUGGUGGUUUAAUCGAGGAAAAUAAUGAUUUAGUGCCUAUUAAUGAUCUAUGGGAGUUUAAUCUAAGUACUAAUAAAUGGACUUUGUUACAUGACGGGUCAAAUUUUGAAAAUGAUGAUUCUAUACCUUGUCCUAGAUAUAGUCAUAAAAUGACCUUAAUUUCAAGUUUAUCAUUUGUUAAUAAAAAGGAUCAUUUUGGUAUAUUUAUAGCUGGUGGUAAAGAUCAUGGAUCAAAUUUAAUUUAUGAUAAUUUAGUAUUUGAUUUAGUUGAUAAAAGGUAUGUUGGUAGUGAACCAAUAAAGUUAAAAGUUCAAAAAGAAAUGACGGAGGAAUAUAAUGUCAAAACUGAUGAGGAGGGAUGCAUAAACAUUGAUCAAUGCUCUUCUAUGGUUGUUAAUUUCAUAGAUGAAUUGGAAAUUACCAAAAAAAAGAAGAACGAAUCUACUACAACUUCUAUAAAUAAUACAAAAGAAGAAUCUUUAAUAGUUUAUGGACCUUCUCAAAGUAAAGAAAUUAACAAUAACACUUUAUUGAAUUUUAAAAUUGGUAAAGCCAUAAAAAAGGGUAAAAUUUUACAUGUACAUCGUAAAAAUAAAGAAAUUUUAACUAUACCAUAUAAUUUGAGAUUUCCAACUGGUGGUAUAUUUGGACAAAAUAUAGUUAUAACUGGAUUUCUUCCCAAUGAAUAUGAUAUAAGUUUAUUUAUAUACAAUAAACCAACUGGGAAAUGGUCAAAAUUAAACAUAUUUUGUAAUCAUAAUUAUGGAAGUCAUAGAUUUUGGGGUGGAUUUGUAUGGCAACUGCAUCAUAAAGUUAUUUUAAUUGGAAAUUAUCAAACUUCAAAAACAACAAGUUCUAUUAGAUUUUUCACUUCGAUGGUGACAAUAAGUUUACCAAUUACUAAUUUAUUAGCAAGUUCAGAAUUAUCAGGAGGUCAUUAUCAUGCAGCUGACGGUUCAAGAAUAUAUUUUAAAGAUGAAAGAUCAAGUCUGAGCUCAUCAAGUGAAGAAGAAUUAGAGAAACAAGCACUUUCUGAAGAUGGUUUGGUUUACGAUAUUCGAAAACAAUCGAUAACUUCAGUUUCUACAGAUAAAUCUCCAACUGCAAUUAGUUUUACUGAUUAUGUUCAUUAUGCAGCUCCUAAAACUAGUUAUACUACAAUUCGAAGUGUAUUUCCACCAACUGCGGUAACUUUAGGUAGGAAUGCAUUUGAUAGAUAUGGAGAUAUGAUAUCUGAUUUUGAGAUAAUUUCAUGUAAUGGUGAUAGAAUACCGGUUGGUUUAAUUGUAUUAAUGGAGAGAUGGGGAGGAUAUUUUAUUUACUUAUUAUCAAAGGGAUACAUAUCAGCAAUUGAAAAAUUUGAAAAUAAAGAAAGAGAAAAACUUAAGAAAGAAAAAGAAAAGAAAGAGUUAGAGAAGGAAAAGGUUAGAGAGGAAGAUGUUCCAAAUUUAGUGAAACCUACUUUUAGAUUACCAUUUCAAAAUGAACAACCGCAAAAUUUAUCACCAUCAUCAAAUUUACCAGAAGAUAAAGACAAGAAUAUGUCCAUAUCUUCUGCAAUUGAUCCUCAUCAACAAAUCGAUAUGUUACUACAGAAUCUACCACCUCAAUCACCAAUUCCCCAAGAUCCAAUACCACCUACACCAUCUACUAGCACAACAUCAUUCAAAUCAAGUUCUCGAAAAAAUUCACAAGAUUUAAUGAAUUCACCACGAAGUUCGUUAAUAAAUACAUUAACUCAAUUAAGAAAUAUACCCACAACUCAACAAUCUCCCUUCGCUUCACCUAGAGCAUCAAUUUCUGGAUCAUUGACGCCAACAGUUUCUCAGUUCAGAAAGUAUUCAAGCUCAAAUGAAGGUGAAAGACCAAGUUUAUCUACGAUAAAUUCAAGUAAUGAAGGAAUUAACGAACGUCCAAGUCUUUCGACUAUAAAUUCAACAGAAGAAUCAUUGGAUAUUGAAUCAACUUUGCCUAUAAUAAAUUCAGAUUUUCAAAUGGAAUCUUCACUAAUUCCGAGAAAGUUGUAUUUUCCAUUUUCAACAGUCACCGUUAAAGCAUUUUGUGAAUAUUUAUAUACUGGACAAAUAGGAAAUAAGUGGUUAUUAACUCCUACUUUGUUAGAUAAUAUGAUAAUUGCAAGAAUGUAUAAAAUUCCACUACUUUAUGAUUUAAUAAGUGAAGUUUUAUUUGGUAUAAUUGGAAGAAAAGAAGCUUUUGUGUUGGGGAAAUCUAAUGGAUUAAAGAAGAGGUAUUUUGAUUUAUUAAAGAAGACUAACUCACCUAAAGAUCCAAAUUUUAAGUUUCCUAUGGAUGAAUAUGAGAGUUUCAUGGAUUCAAUCGAUGAUGGGAAAUUAGAUUAUCAAUUGCUAAUUAAGAGCUCACAUAUGAAUAAAAAGAAAGAAGAAAUUAAAGAGGAUUUUGAUUCAGAUGAUGAGGUUGAGAUGACGUAUAUGGAUCAAGAAGAAAUCAAGAAUUCAAAUUCAACAAUUGAAAGUUUAAUCUCUCCAAACUCACCACCUCCAUCGAACCAAAUCCUAAGGUGUAUAAAUGAGGCAGCUAUAUUUACAUCAGAUAUGAAAUUGAUAACUAGAAGUGAAAAUUUGAAAGAUAUAAGUUUUGAAGAAAUUGAAAACAAAAUUGAGGAAUUAGAAUUGAAAUAUGAAAAAAUUCAAAAAGGUGAAACUAAUCUUGAAAGUGAAGUUGUAUCUGAAUCAGAACAAGAAGAGAAUACUAAAUCAAUGUUUGGGACUUUCAAUGAAUUAAAUCAUUUCUCACCACCUCCAGCUCCUUCCUUUCACAGAGAAUCUGAAAGUGCAAUUAGUCCAGCUCCAUCAGUUUUACAUCCACAUCACCUAACUCUUCAUCCUUCUCAUUCAGCUAGUUCAUUAACAACAUCAGCAACUACAAGUAAAGAGAAAAUACCAACCAGAAAGAAGAUCCAUUCAUUAAUUUCAAAAACAAUUUCAAACAAAACAGAAGAGCUUGCAAGCUCAUCAAGUUCAAUUAAAUCAAUCGGCAAAAAACAUAGCUUUUUCCAUAGAAAUAAGAAGUAA